UUCGGGCCUGCUUACCAUUUUUGAAGAGUCGGGGGUACCGCUGAUGAGACUGUUGAUAAUACCCAUUGUCAGGUACUCGAUGUUGAAGUAUGGGAAGUGGCAGAAGAAGGGAGAAAAAGAUGAAGGUCAAGGAUUACUGCAGAGGUUUUAAGUCCGAGGCAUGGGCGCAACACAGCUUCCAAGUACCGAAUUGGUGGUUUCCAUCUACGGGCGUACAGCAAGGUGGUUGCUCGGCUUUGCCGGGGAGGUCGGGUUAUCCGGGGCUUAUAUCCGAGGUGCAUCGAUCAUUCCCCCGGAUUCUCCUUUCUGUUGGUCUUGGGCUUGGGAAUUCCACCCCCGCAUGACUCUGACAGUUCGUAUUUGCUCUCUCCACUUUACCCCAGAAUUCAUGGAUGUUCUCCACCUCGCUUGCAUUGCCGUUGCCACGCAUGUCGCAGUGCUUUUUACUCCAGCUGCUCAGUGGAAGGAAGGCUCGAACGUGAGAUGGUUGAGCUAGAGCCGUCUGAAAGAAGACUCCGCCUACCGCUGAUCAUGCUUGCCACUCAAGUGUCACUACACCUCGCUCCGAAGACUGAGUGGGAGAGCAUGACUUCGCGU